AUGUCUAAAACAAUUGAGGAUUCUGAACAAUUUGUAGAGGUUUUCCAAAACAAUGAUAGUUUCAUGUAUAUAAAUUUCAUUUAUGAUAUUGAUGAUCUUGAAUUAAAAGAACAAAAUGAUUAUUUUGAAGAGAUAGCUGCAAAAUAUUAUAAUAAUCCAAAUGCUUGUGAUCAAAAAUUUGAUUUUUUUAAAGUGAACCUCACAGGUGAAAUUUAUCAACAUUCACAAGAUGUUCGUGAUAUAUUUUUUAAAAAUUAUGGUACUCAGGAUAUAUAUGGUGAUCCAUUUAUUGGUUUUUAUAUAAAAGACAAUUUGUAUGGUCUUGUUAAAACACAUAAGAAAGAUCAAGUUAAAGAUUUAUUUGAAGAAAUUGAAAAUAAAUAUUAA